AUGCCCUCCAACCCCACCGGUUUCGACCUCAACGAAUUCAAGGCCGCCGCUUCUCCCCGGUCGGUCUGGGCCAAGCGCGAUCCCUGGGCCCGAUAUGAGGCCUGGAGAUACACCGGCCCCUUCAGCCGCUUCAACCGCUUCAAGCGUAUCUUCCCCGGCUUCGGUAUCGCCAGCGUCGCAUUCGCCGGUUACUGCGCCUACGAGCACUUCUUCCUCAAGGAUGACCACCACCACGGUGACGGCCACCACUAA